GCCCUUCAGGACAGGUGGUGCUCAGGGCCUGGGUCUCUAGUCCAGUUUCUCGGUCCCGACGCUGGGGCGGGGUCGCGCCAGAUUCAGAGCAGGUGGCCCGGAGCGCGGCCACGUGGCGGGGCGGGCGUGGCCUCGGGAGCCCGGGUAGGAGCAGAGUGGUCUUCCCAUCUAGAUAGAGUACCAGAACCUCACUUCCUGGAGAAUGGCCCAGAGGUCUCCACAGGAGCUCUUCCACGAGGCAGCCCAGCAGGGCAUCCUGGCCCAGCCCAAGCCCUGGUGGAAGAUCCAACUGUUCAUGUGGGAGCCAGUGCUGUUUGGGACCUGGGAUGGUGUGUUCACAUCCUGCAUGAUCAACAUUUUCGGGGUUGUCCUUUUCUUGAGGACCGGCUGGCUGGUGGGAAACACAGGUGUGCUCCUGGGCUUGCUCCUGGUGUCCUUCGUCAUCCUUGUAGCCCUCAUCACUGUGCUGUCUGGCAUUGGCGUCGCCACAGAGCAUGGUGGGAUCGGCAGUGGCGGCGUCUACUCCAUGAUCUCCUCAGUGCUUGGUGGGCAGAUGGGAGGCACUGUAGGGCUGCUGUAUGUAUUUGGACAGUGUGUUGCAGGUGCCAUGUACAUCACUGGCUUUGCGGAGUCAAUCUCAGAUCUGCUGGGCCUCAGGAACAUCUGGGCAGUGCGAGGAAUUUCAGUUGCUGUGCUUCUGGCUUUGCUGGGCAUCAACCUGGCAGGUGUCAAGUGGAUAAUCCGCCUCCAGCUGCUGCUGCUGUUCCUGCUGGCUGUCUCAACCCUGGACUUUGUGGUGGGCUCUUUCACCCACCUGGACCGAGAACAUGGCUUUAUUGGAUACUCCCCAGAACUGCUACAGAGCAACAUUCUGCCGGAGUAUAGCCCUGGGGAGUCGUUCUUCACUGUGUUUGGGGUGUUCUUCCCCGCAGCUACAGGAGUCAUGGCUGGCUUCAACAUGGGAGGAGACCUGAGGGAGCCUGCUGACAGCAUACCCCUAGGCUCCCUAGCAGCUGUUGGCAUCUCGUGGUUUCUCUACAUCAUCUUUGCCUUCCUGCUUGGUGCCAUCUGUACCCGAGACUCCCUCCGCUCUGACUUCCUGAUAGCUGAAAAGGUAUCUCUGGUUGGUUUCCUCUUCCUGUUGGGCUUGUACAUCUCAUCCCUGGCUUCCUGUAUGGGGGGACUUUACGGAGCCCCCCGGAUCCUGCAGUGCAUCGCCCAGGACAAAGUGAUUCCUGCACUCGCCUCUCUGGGGAACGGGAAAGGGCCAAAUAAAACACCUGUAGCAGCCAUCUGCCUGACCAGCUUGGUGACCAUGGCCUUUGUCCUUGUGGGUCAGGUGAAUGUUCUGGCGCCUGUCGUCACCAUCAACUUCAUGCUGACCUACAUCGCAGUGGACUACUCUUACUUCGCCCUCUCCAUGGCUCACUUAGGCCUCUCCCAGUCUCCUGAGCCCAUGCCCAAACAGAGCCUACACUGCUCCGAGCACCUGCUCCAGGACAGGGCUCCUAGCUACGGCUCUGACUCCCCUGCCAGAAGCCUUUCUGAGGGUACCCUGCUGGAGUUCACCAAGGACAUGAAUCAGCUCCUCCAGCCAAUAGCGGGGCUUGACGGUAGUCAGCUUGGGUCAAGAGGAGGUAACCAGCACCCACAGAGUCAGAAGCGCACAUGUAAGAAAGACGCCAAGCAAACCCUACAAGAUAGCUUCCUCUUGGACCCUGGGUCUCCUUGGUCCUUUCCUACGGAGACCUCUGAGAGGUUGUCCGUUGCCUCCUGUGGGGAGCAAGAAUCCUAUCAGGAGCAGCAGGCUUCUAGAAGGGAAUCACACGACCAUCUCGAUCCUGAUCUACGCAACCAGCCUAGAGUGAACAGAGAAGAUUUCUUUCUGAAAUGCAGCAGACUUCAGGAACAAGAGAUGCAGAGGAGACCAAGUGCUUUCUAUACUUGCAUGUGUAACCCCUGGGUCUCCCUGUUAGGGGCCCUUGUAUCCCUGAUCAUCAUGUUUGUGAUCCAGUGGCUCUAUACCCUAGCUAGCAUGGGUGUUGCUGCCCUUGUGUAUUUCUACAUUGGCCAGGCCAGUCCAGGCCUUUACCUCGGAUCAGCAUCAAACUUCAGCUUUUUCCAAUGGAUGAAGUCCUUGUUGGUCCCCUCCUGCAGGAGCCUGAGGUCCGCCCGGGAACAAGUCAUCUUGGCACCAUCCCCAGCCAAGGUCGACAUGGCAAUGACUCAGCUUACCCAGGACAAUGCAGACUUUGCCACCCGAGAUCGGUACCACCGCUCCUCCUUCCUGAGCCGGGAACAGCUGAUGCCUCCCUACUAGGACCUUGCUGGCCCCCUCCUUCCUAGAAGCUGCUGUGAAGAUGGGGGACCCAGACCUCAGAACCUUUGGGAGUUGCUUUUACCAGUAAGAAGCCCCAAGACUGGUCUUCCCACCACAGCCUUGGACACUGGAAAUCACAUUCUGGUCUGAAGUGGCAUGUCUGACCAGUCACUAGGUAUGGCCAUGGCUUCCGCAUGCGCCCAACCUGAAGAGCCCACAGGCCACCAGGAUGACCAGGUGACACCAAGACAACCAAAUCUGGAGAACCAAAACAAGAGUUCUUAUUCUAAGGGCCACAAUAAACACUUCUUUUUAAUUUUAUUGUUUUAUUUCUAUUAUUAUUUUUAAAGAAUUAUUUAUUUUAUUUAUAUGAAUGCACCAUAGCUAUUUUUAGUCAUGCCAGAAGAGGGCAUCAGAUCCCAUUACAGAUGGUUGUGAGCCACCAUGUGGUUGCUGGGAAUUGAAUUCAGGACCUCUGAAAGAGCAGUCAGUGCUCUUAACCACUGAGCCAUCUCUCCAGCCCCCUCCCCUGUUUUAUUUAUUUUUUAAUGUAUACUACACUCACAUGGUUCCAAGCCAUAAAGUACAAUCAUACGCCGGGUAAAAACCUUCUUCUCCUCCCUGUUUUUCAUCCGCCAUCACAGGGGCAACCACUCCUCAUGCCUACAGCAGCCACCUCUUUACAGACGGGAAAGGGGGCUCUCAUUAUACCCCUUCCAUCUGCAAGUGCAGCUCUGUAUACAUACACUCUGCGUCUUGCUUUUCUCCCUUCAUCUGCCAUGGAAGCAGUUCCAUAAAGAUGCUUACACAGUUUCCUCAUGAUGUCUUGAUGUCUGAAUGUGCCUUGACUCAUAGACUCAGCCUCAUGAUGACAGCAUUUGAAUUCAUUCUGAUAUUUUACUAUUACAGGCGCUUCUACAGUGAGUCAUUAUGCUUGUGUGCACAGUCGUGACGGAUACCUGCAGAUAAAUUAGCAGAAGGACAAUUACGGGGUGACUGGGGAUGUGCGUUUGUAAGCUGUUACUGUUUGGAAAAGUGCUUUUUAGUUAAAAAGUCAAAUACCAUGA